UGCGGAUCCUCUUCCGGUACGUGUCACAGGAGGUUUCCGGUGAUCCUUAAGCCGGUGAGUGAUAAUGAAGCCACAGGAUGGUGCUGGUUCUCUGCUGCUGUUCGUCACUCCGCUGCUGUUACGGAUGGGCUUUGCCUCCGAGCUGCCGGUGGUGACAUGUGGCUCGGUAAUAAAGCUCCUGAACACCAGGCACAACGUCCGUCUACACUCCCACGACGUCAGAUACGGCUCAGGCAGCGGACAGCAGUCUGUGACCGGCGUGACUUCAGUAGACGACGGUAAUAGUUACUGGCGCGUCCGAGGAAAAACCUCCACCGUGUGCGAGAGAGGAACGGCGGUAAAAUGCGGACAGUCUAUCCGUCUGACGCACGUCAACACCGGGCGCAACCUGCACAGCCACCAUUUCACAUCGCCUUUAUCUGGAAAUCAGGAAGUCAGCGCGUUUGGAGAUGAUGGGGAAGGAGAUAUCCUGGAUGACUGGACUGUUCUUUGCAACGAGGAAUUUUGGCAGAGAGAAGAAGAGGUGCGAUUCAGACACACAUCCACCAACGUGCUGCUUUCUGUCACAGGAGAACAAUAUGGCCGGCCCAUUAAUGGCCAAAGAGAGGUUCAUGGCAUGGUAUACUCCAACCAGAACAACUAUUGGAAAGCAAUGGAAGGCAUCUUCAUGAAGCCAAGCGAACCUCCUAGAACGGACUUUACCCACUCUGAACUAUGACAUCGCCUUUCACGAACUGGUGAAUUCCCCUUCCCUAACCACACAGUGUUGGCUUCAUUCAGGAUUCAACUGGGAUCCUGACUUUGUUUUAAAUGUUGCCUAUGGGGCACGGUUUGUAUACGGCACCCUUAUGCUAGUAUUGUUAUUACGUUAUGCCAAGGCAGUGAUUGAAUGUGCCCCUGAGCAUGUCACGGGGGCCCAGUACAUUGUACAUCGUUUUUAUGUCUGCCCCAAGAUUUCAAUACAAUUUCUCAAAGGCAA